CAUCAUGGAUAGUGCUGGCCUUGGGUCACUGAUCAUCAUACUCAUUACCUGCCUCUUUAUCUACAUCACAUGGAAUGCAACCUACAGGAACCGUAACCUUCCACCUGGUCCGACUCCCCUACCGCUGAUAGGAAAUCUACUCCAGAUCAAAUGGGGACAGAUGGCAAAUUCUCUAAUGAAGUACAGGAAUCAGUACGGCUCAAUUUACACUGUAUAUUUUGGAACAAGACCUGUAAUUAUCCUGUGUGGGUAUGAAACUGUUAAAGAAGCACUUGUUGAUAGAGGAGAGGAGUUUGCUGGUCGGGGAAGAAUUCCACCGAUUGAGAAACUUACACAGGGUUACGGGAUAUCUUUUAUUAAUGGAGAACGAUGGAGACAGAUGCGAUCCUUCACUUUUAAAUCCCUGAGAGAAUUAGGAUUUGGGAAGAAAACUUUUGAGGAAAAAGUUCAGGAGGAAGCUAAAAGUGUGGUGAAAGAGCUUAAAUCACUCAAAGGGAAAUCCCUGGAUGUAACCAGACUGUUCAUGGAUGCAUUGUCCAAUGUCCUUUUCUCCAUCAUAUUUGGGAACCGUUAUGAGUACAAGGAUGAGAGAUUUGUGAAGUUCCUGGCAGUGGUAGAGGAGACUUUUCACAUUAUGAGCUGCCCGUGGGGACAGCUCCACGCCAUCCUUCCUGGAGUCAUGGACUACAUUCCGGGUCCUCACCAAAAUAUUCCCGCGGUUUCCAAAGAGCUAAUAUCAUUUAUUCGAGACAGAAUUAAAGUCCAUGAGAAGACUCUGAAUCCUGAUGCUCCAAGAGACUUCAUUGAUGUUUUUCUCAUUAAAAUGGAAAAGGUCUUCCCCACACAGUCCUGGAUGCUGGAGGAGAAAAAUGAUCCAAACACAGAAUUUGUUGAGAUGAAUCUUAUAAUGAUUAUUCACAACCUGUUUAUAGCUGGAACAGAGGCUGUGACUAGUACACUCAGACACGGAAUACUCGUCAUACUGAAAUACCCUGAGAUACAAGAUAAAAUUCAGCAGGAAAUUGAUCAAAUUAUCGGUCAUGAUCGAAUUCCAAACUUGAAGGAUAGAGCAAACAUGCCAUACACAGAAGCCACCAUCCAUGAAAUUCAAAGGUUCUGUGACCUCGCUCCCUUCAACGUUCCACACCAGACUACAAAGAACACGGAGUUUAGAGGAUAUUUCCUUCCAAAGGGUACUGAGGUCUACCCCCUUCUCUACACUGUUCACCGGGAUCCCACAAAAUUUGCGACCCCAUUCAAAUUCAACCCGAACCACUUCCUGGAUGAGAACGGAAAAUUUAAAAAGAAUGACGCUUUCAUGGCAUUCUCUGCAGGCAAGAGGAUUUGCCCUGGAGAAAGUCUGGGUCGGAUGGAAUUGUUCCUGUUCUUUACAACCAUUCUUCAAAACUUCAAGCUGACUUCAGAAACUCAGUUUACUGACGCUGACCUCAUUCCAAAGCUGUGCGGGUUUUUAAAUUCCCCCAUCCACUACGAACUCUCAUUUAUUCCGCGUUCUUUUAAAUUUACUUCAUAA